AUGGCUGUGGAUUUUAACGGAACAUGGCAGAUGUAUGAGCAGGGAGACCCUGAGGAGUUCCUCAAAGCUGUGUCUGUGCCAUACCUAAUGGGAAAGAUGAUAAGAGAAGUGAAGCCCUUGAUGAUUAUCAAACAAAUUGGUGAUGACUUUGUGGUCUCGGUUAAAACGCCGCUGCGCACAAACACCAACUCAUUCACCAUUGGCAAAGAGAGUGAGUUCACCACCAUGGACGGAGUGAAGACCCGGGCUAUGGCGCAAAUGGUUGAUGGGAAAAUCAUCAUCGAUACAGAAAAAGUCAAACACAUGCGUGAGAUCCAGGGAGAGGAAAUGGUUGAGACUCUGAGAGCUGGCUCUGUGACACUGGUCAGAAGAUACAGGAGGACCUGA